CUCAGUUUACGGAACAGCAGGAUGCUGUACAUCUUAAGAUCAUAAAAACAUUGACCAGACUUUGUCACCUCAACAUAAUACAACUUUGUGCAUACAGCAAAAAUACAAUACCCCUAUUUUAAGUCGUAGAAGACUAUAGGACUACAACAGCUCACGGCAGUGCUAACCUGCAGGUCAGUUCAUGUCUGUAAAUCAGAUUUAAUAUAUAUUAUAAUGGUGAACUUUUGUUGGUUUGUUCCGCAUACAUUUCCACGUGAAUUGCUGGAUCUUUACCAAACUUGGAAUCCAUCAUUAUCCAGAAUAGAAUACUGGAUGUGUGUGUGUGUGUAUGUGUGUGUGUGUGUGUGUGUGCGUGCAUGUGUUAGUGUGUGUGUUUGUGUUUGUGUGUUUGUGUGUGUGUGUGUGUGAACUUUACAAAAUAUUCCAUUAGGGGCUGGGGGUUCAACAUUUCUUUUUUUCUUAAAUAAGCUAUAGAAAUAUUGAUGGAUUGAAUACUUUUAUGGCUCUUGUAUCCAUUCCAUUUUAACAUACUCACAGCGCUCUGGUGUCCUAAAAUCUAUUUAAAGAAAAAAACUUUAAAUGUUUAUUAAUUGAUUUUUUAUCAAUUGUAAUUUCCCCCAAACACUGAGGCAAACUGUUCCAAAAUUUAGGCCCCACAGCUUCAAAAGAGCACACUACGUAUGACUUCUUUCUGUGUCCAUCCACAUUGGGAACUCUCAGUAAGGACUGUGUGCAGGUUCUUUAAGGAUAAUUGUUUAGAAAUGUUAUGCUUAUUUUCUACAUGGAUUGAUGGUUCAUGACCAAACUUAGCACACUUAUUAAGAAUGAAAUGCUGGGGCUUUUGAAUUUUACUAAACAAACCUUUUAGGGACGUUGGGCCCCUAAAUUCAUUUUUCCUAUUAUAAGUUAUAUAAAUAAAAGAUCAAGCAUAGGUUAAUUCCCUGUGUGGAUGGACCUAGACCAAACUUAGUAUAUAUACACUUGAUUAUGUUCAAAGACUGAAAGGAAUAGAACUCAUAAAAUCUACACCUUUGAGUCCGGGGGCCCCGACUUCAUUUUCCUCAUAAGAUCUAUAUAAAUACCAGUAUGUUUAGACAAUAUAGGGCUCUAUGUGAAUAUAGGCAAAGCUUGGUAGCUAUAACCUUCAUACUACAUAUAGAAUUAUCGAUAGAUUUAAAAGUAAUAUGUUGAUUCCAUAAUAAUUCAGGGCCAGUCUAGAAUUUUCCAGAAAUUUAUUUUAAGGCUAUAUCACUUGGAUUUUUAACCAAUUUUAAUGGGACAACUUUGAUAAUUUAACUACAGUAUUUACCUGAUUAAUUUUUAUAGGACUCCUAUCGUAGUCAUAACUAAAAUUGCUCCUAAUGGAAUUUGCUCUCACCAAGGCCCUCUUUUAACUUUAAUGAAAAAUUGUUAUAGUUAUUGUAUUUUGUUGUAUUAGCAAAAUCAUUCUGUAGAAGUGUCACCGUUAGACUUUUUGAGGAGGCGAUUAAAUCAAAGCUAGAUUUUACAGAAAGCUAUAAUUUUUUUUCUUUAUGGUUCUGGUCUAACAGUCUAUGGAAAUUUGAGUUUAAUUCCUUUGAAUCUUCUCAGCAUCUGUGAACUUAUCAUUUAUGUGAACUUAUCAUUUAUUUGAACUUAUCAUUUAUGUGAACUUGUAUGUUGUAUCACAUGUUCGCGGACGAUACACAACUUCAUCAAUCCGUGAUCACUUCUCAGUUCCCUCAGCUGCUCAGUAUGACACAGAAGACAAUGGAGUCGGUAAAGCACUGGAUGACCAUUAACAAGCUCAAAUUAAAUGAUGAUAAGACUGAGCUGCUCCCCAUUGCGACCGCUCAGAAGCAGAAAUCUGCACAUAACACGACAUCCAUUACUCUCUCAGGUGUGCGUAUUGAGUUAGCUCAAACAGUGCGGUACCUGGGUGUCUACCUAGAUGGAAGACUAACUUUUGAAAGUCAUAUUAACAUGCUAUGCAGGGCGAUUUUUCUGGAGCUGCGCAGGAUUAGUCAAAUCAGGCCCUUCCUAACAAUUGAUACAACAAAGAGGCUGAUGUCUGCAUUUGUGCUAUCACGCAUGGACUAUUGCAAUGCUCUCAUGGUGGGUCUUCCAGCUACGCUCCUGGAUAAAAUUCAAAUAGCACAGAAUAAUGCGGCUCGCAUAGUUCUCCGCAAACGCAAAUUCGACCAUGCAAAAACACUUCUGAGAGAGUUGCAUUGGCUGCCGGUGCGUGCUCGCAUAGAGUACAAAAUCGCAACUUUGUGCUACCGCUGCUUACAUGACCUGGCACCGUCCUAUCUGAAAGAGCUGCUGACGCCUUAUGUACCCAGUAGAGAGCUCCGCUCAUCCGAUAGUGGCAAACUCUCGACACCACGUGUUUGCCUUGAGACUUACGGAAAGCGCACUUUCGCAUUUGCUGGUCCAACAAUUUGGAACGCCCUUCCUGUCGAUCUUAGAAACAACCAGACACUGGAGUCCUUUAAAACAGAUCUAAAGACACAUCUAUUUCGCAAAUACCUUCUGGGAUGAUUGUCUACCUUAUUUUCCAUGUGUUGCUGUGUUGCUCCGGGUUGAAAUGGCUAGAAAGACUUUGAUAUUGUAUGCUUGUAAUUAGUUUUUGUAGUGUUGUGUUUGUUUUAAAUGUGGUGAAUUAUAGAUAUGUUUUUUGUUGACUUUGUACCGCGCUUCGAGCCUUUGGGGAUGAAGCGUGUUUUUUAAAUGAACUUUAUUAUUAUUAUUAUUAUCAUUUAUGUGAACUUAUCAUUUAUGUGAACUUAUCAUUUAUACGUUUUUUGAAGUUUUUAGGUUAUUAUAGGUUUGAUUAUUUUCUAUAACCAUAUUAGGAUUAUAUAAAUGUCCUUAUUGUGUUUAUAUAACUGUCAAUGAGAUUCUUAUGUUUCUAGAACUUUCAAUGAGAUUCUUAUUUUUCUCUAACUUAUAAUGAGCUUUUUAAAAUGUUAUGAAAUAAGAUUUAAAGAUAUUUUUGAAAGUUUCUUGAAGGUUGCAAAUUAAGUUUCCUUUAUUAUGGCCUAAGCAAUAAACAUAAAUAUUGUUGCAAGCUUAGAUUACAGUAAACCCUUUACUCGUUAGGAGAGAUAUUUGGCGAAAUUAGUGAUAACUUAGUGAUAACUUUUGGUGUACCUUAUUGAAUGGGAUCCCACUGGGAACAUGAUCCCACUGGGAACAGGAUCCAACUGGGAAUGGGACCCCACUGGGAACGGUUUCCCACAUGGAAUGAGAUCCUACCAGGGAAUAGUAUCACAACAGGGAUUGUGAUCCCUAUGGGGAAUGGGAUCCCACCAAGGGUCCCUGUUGGGAUUGUAUUUAUUUUAAUUGACAUUGGUAAAUCUUUUUUUUUAAUGGGACAGCUUAAAAGUUUGAUUAGACUUCAAUCAUGUUGUUGUUGUUUUCCUGGGCCCAGCUUGAAUAUUCAAUGAAAUGAGCUUGACCCAGAAAUGUUUACACAAUUUAUUAUAAAUGUAUUUUUAUAGGAUAAAAAAAAAAAUUAUGCUUUCACUUAUUUUCCUAAUGCCACCCAGGAAAUGCAGGGUAAAAUGGCUAGUAUAAUUAUAAUUAUUUAUAAUUAUAAGCUACAGUUAGUUCACAAAAUUUAAUUUUAAUUAUUCCAAUUAAAUGGAAAUUAAUUCUUAUACAUUUGAACUGUAUUGUAAUUAAAUUAGAAAAAUACCUCUUUUUUUUUUUUUUUACAAAAUUGUAAAGUGUAUUAAUUAAAUUCCUUGAGGAGACACAUAUUAAUUAUAUGGCUAGAUUUACAUUUCAUUUCGGAGACCCACAAUCAUUGACCAAUAAUCAUUGACCCACAAUCAUUGACCCACAAUCAUUGACUCACAAAUUUUGACCCACAAUCGUUGAAAGUAAGAAAUUUCUAACUAGUAAAAAUAUUGAGUACCUUUUAGACUUAUGGAGCUCUAAUAUGUAAAGAUAUAAUAAACAUUUGAGCUGUCAUGAAUAACGAUGAACUAUAUAGAGAAUAUCCUAGGAACUAUGUAGAGAAUAUCAUAGGAACAAUUUAGAGAAUAUCAUAUGAACAAUGUAAAGAAUAUCAUAGGAACAAUGUAGAGGAUAUCAGAACAUACUAUACAUAACUCUUAACCAUUCUCUUCUUCCCAGGAAUAUUUGGUAAAUAGAAGCAUCAAUCAAAGUUUCUGCAGAGAGAAAACUCUGCUCAAGUUUCUGCUACAAGUGACCAGUGCCCUUGAUUACUGUCAUGAUUCAAAUAUUGAACAUGCACAACAAUCUGACAGCAGAAAGUUUGCUGAUGGCAGGAGAAGAAAACAUUAAGCUUGGCUGUUUCCAGUUGGCAGUAGACAUGGGUAACUCCUCUGAGACAAUCAUUGGUAUGUGAAUUAGUCUGAAACAAAACAUUUUUUUUUAAAAUUCAGUCAGCUUUCAUACAUUAUUCAAGCGAUUUGACUUAUCCUUAUCAUCCUUCUGAUCCACUGGUCAUUUUGACAAGCAAACUUGUCAGAAGUCAUGUUGAACAAUCUUCUGGUUAUCUUAAAACCAUUCUCAAUAUUUAGUUGUGUACUGGUUGUGUCCUUAGCCUAAACAUCAUUCGUUGUGUUAUGUUUUGUUUUAUUGUGUUGUGAUUUAUAAUUCGAACUUAGCCUUGUUUUUUUUAAAUAUUAACCCUAACCCAGUCAACAAGCCUUAGUGUUAUAUUUGUAUUUUAAAAGAUUUCAAUGUAGUCGUUUUAUAAAAGUAAUCAAUAAACUGUUUGUCAAUGUAGAAGUUUCAUAAAAGUAAUCAAUAAACUGUUUGUCAAUGUAGCAGGUUCAUAAAAGUAAUCAAUAAACUGUUUGUCAAUGUAGAAGGUUCAUAAAAGUAAUCAAUAAACUGUUUUUCAAUGUAGCAGGUUCAUAAAAGUAAUCAAUAAACUGUUUGUCAAUGUAGUAGGUUCAUAAAAGUAAUCAAUAAACUGUUGGUCACUGUAGUAGGUUCAUAAAAGUAACCAAUAAACUGUUACUGUGCAAUUUGAUGUUGCUGCAGAUUGCCCUGAUCACUGCAUAGUGGACUCUGUGAACCCACCUGGCCCCCACCCCCCACUACCCACCCCCACCCCCAGACAUUGGUUUUUAACUUUCUUUCAUUGUACCCCACCAUAAACAUUGUCCAACAUUUACAAAGAAAUAUAUUCUAAAUAAUUAAUUAAUGUUUCUCAAAUUACAGAAGACAGACGCCUACAACCUACAAGAUGGAGUGCACCAGAAACUAUCAAACUUUCAGUAUCAACCCCUAAAACAGAUGUUUACAUGUUUGGUCAUCUGAUGUAUGAGGUCUUAUGCCAUGGGGUCCUGCCCUACUCACAUAAGAAUAUUUCUGAUGUUGAGUGUGUUAUACAGGUUGGUAAAAAUUUUUGA